AUGGCAACAAACCCUGAAGCAAUGGAAACAGACACCAGCCCAGAUGACUUGCCGGCCAGUUCCCUGUUUGAUGAUGCUGACUCUUUGAGUGAUGUUGACGUGGCAGUUUUAGAAUCCACUGCUGCUCGCAAAAAGAAGAAAGUGUCUGAGGAGACCAAGCAGAUAUUGAAGAUCACUAAAUCUGCUCCACUUCCCCAUCAGGCAAGAUUUCAACUUUAG